UCUGACCCCAGCUUUCGCCGUCCCAGCUACGUGGUGGUGAUGCCCAAGAAGAGACAAGCCCUGGUGGAGUUCGAGGACAUCCUCGGCGCCUGCAACGCCGUCAAUUACGCGGCCGAUAACCAGAUCUACAUCGCCGGUCACCCCGCCUUCGUCAACUACUCCACCAGCCAGAAAAUAUCCCGUCCCGGCGACACCGACGACUCUCGCGGCGUCAACAACGUCCUGCUCUUCACCAUCCUCAACCCCAUCUACUCCAUCACCACGGACGUGCUCUACACCAUCUGUAACCCCUGCGGCCCCGUGCAGAGGAUCGUCAUCUUCCGGAAAAACGGCGUCCAGGCCAUGGUGGAGUUCGACUCGGUGCAGAGCGCCCAGCGCGCCAAGGCUUCCCUCAACGGCGCCGACAUUUACUCCGGCUGCUGCACCCUGAAGAUCGAA